GCUGAGAUAAAUGUCUGAUAAAAAAAUCUCGAACUUAUUUUGCAUCGAAUUAUAAUUAAUUUUAAUUUAAUUGAGUUAAUUAAAAAUAAUUGAAACAAAAUUCGAGCAGAAUUAAAUUUUUUUGAUUUAGUGUGAUUUCUGAGGUGUCUUUUCAAAAAAAAAUCUUACAUUUGGCAUCUAGCCUAAUUAGGUUAAUUAAAUAUUGGUUUAAAACUUGUCUGGACGCUGGGUUCGUCAUGAUUGGCCAUGUUUGUUGCAGACUCGGAGGUUUAUAAGGAGUUACCUGAUCAAUUCUAAGAGUGUCCCACACAAGAUGACCAUGACCUUUGCUCCACUUCUGCUUCUGAUACUGACCAUUUCCGGACGCGCCACACUCGCCGAGAAACUCGCCAAAGAUGUCAGCUACCAGAUCGACGUGGCGGGCGUGGACGAGCCCCCGCAGACGACAGCCCAGCAGAAGCAGACGAGCUGCCAGGACCCGGAUGUGUUCAGCUGUGACGACAUGCGCACUUCCUGCAUCCCCGUGACGGCCACCUGCGACAAGGUCGCGGACUGUGGCGACGGGCGGGAUGAGGCGGUGGAGAGAUGCGGUUGUCUGCCCAAUGAGUUCCAGUGUAACAACAGCCAUUGUGUUGACGUCAUCAAAAGAUGUGAUCUCACCGAGGACUGUGAUAACGGGGUGGACGAGGAGAACUGUGAGACCUUCAGCUGCCCUUUGACCCACUUCAAGUGCGCCAACCACCGCUGCAUCCCGUACUUCAAGCACUGCGACUUCAAGGACGACUGCAAGGACGGGUCAGAUGAGGUCAACUGUGUGUUCCGGGAUUGUUUCCACAACGAGUUCCGGUGCGACAACGGCGAGUGUGUCCUGCAGGUGGACCUGUGUAACGGCAGGAAGGACUGCGCCGACGGCAGUGACGAGAGGCCAGAGACAUGCAAACUGUCUCACCAAUGCCAGACGGGGAUCUACGUGUCCAACAGUUCUGUCUGUGACGGUCACGUGGACUGUCUGCUGACCCACGACGAUGAAACAAACUGUGGGUGUGUCGCCCCUAACUUCCGGUGCACCAACGGCCAGUGCAUCCGGGCAAGUAACGUCUGUGACCGGAAGUGCGACUGUGUACAAUGUGAGGACGAGGCUAACUGCUCCAGCACGGCCUCCUGUGACCUGAGCAGCAGCUACAAGUGCCGGAGGGAUGAGCGCUGCAUCGCGCGUGAGUACGUGUGUGAUGGCGUCAACGACUGUCGGGACGGCAAGAACGGGACGGAUGAGCUGCUCUGUGAUGUUCAAGAGUCCAGCUGCGGGGUGGGCAACUUCUUCUGCCCCGAGGGUAGGUGUCUGCCUAAACAGACCGUGUGUGACAAGUUCCAGGACUGUCUGAACGGGGAGGACGAGCUUAACUGCUCCAACAAGACCCAAUGCAGAGCAGACGAGUUUGAGUGUGAGCACAGGGGGUGUGUCCACGUGAGCCAGGUGUGUGACACGGUCAGUGACUGCAGCGACUGGUCGGAUGAGAAAAAUUGUCAAAACCACACCUGCCCUGCAGGGAAGCGCCAAUGUGCCAGUGGUCACUGUAUUCCAGAGGGUCAGUGGUGCGACCACUGGUACCAGUGUCCUGACAGCUCGGACGAGAAGAAUUGUGUAUACCGGAAGUGCCGAGAGGAUGAGUACACCUGCUCCAACGGCGAGUGUGUUCCCCUGGCGAUGCAGUGCUACAACGGGGGUCGGGGCAAAGGUCAAGGCUGCAAGGACCAGUCGCACCUGAUCAACUGCACUCACCACACCUGCCAGCCCGGCCAGUUCAAAUGUUCACGCAGCGUCUGCGUCGACCAAGAGGACCUGUGCAAUGAAGAGUACGACUGUCUGCUCAGCUUUGAUGACGAGAACUCGUGCUCAUACAAGUGCCCCUACCAGCAGGAGAAGUGUUCGUGUGAACAUCACGACAUGUCAUGCAAUGACAGACAGCUGUCAGCACUUGUCGUCCCUGGCAACCAGGAGCGUCUAUACAAGUUGUUCUACCAGAACAACGUCAUCGGACGGUCGUUCAACGAGUCAAGCUUCCGGCAGCCGUUUAAAAACCUGGCCGACUACCUGUCCAUGGCGGGCCAGAUCUUGUCUCUGGACCUGAGUAACAACGAGAUUUCUCGCAUCCCUCACAACAUUUUCGCCGAGAUGUGGAGACUUCAGAAUCUAAAUCUGGCAAACAACGUCAUCACCGAGAUCUGGAACACGUCCUUUACAGGCCUGGUAUCUGUCUCUCAACUAUAUCUCCAUGGCAACCAGAUACGCCACAUCGACGAGACCUCCUUUAUUUACAUGAAAAAACUGACAGUUCUUGACCUAAGCUACCAGAACUUGACCAGAAUCGGCCCAAAUUUGUUUACUGGACUUCACUCUCUGCGACUUCUAAAUUUGAGUGCCAAUAGGAUUGUGGAGAUCCAAGAUGGCGCCUUCGUCACGCUGAACAACUUGUUAACACUGGAUUUGUCUAAAAAUAGAAUCCACACGAUUGGUUGGCGCGUGUUUUACGGUCUGCCACAUCUGGAGCACCUCCUGACGGACAAGUUCAAGUUCUGCUGUAUGGCCAAGUCCGUCAGCCGGUGCUUGCCGGAGCCGGACGAGUUCUCCUCCUGCGGCGACCUGAUGGCCAACUACGUGCUGCGGAUCUCCAUCUGGGUGCUGGGCUCUGUGGCCUUCUUCGGCAACGUCGUGGUCAUCGUGUGGCGGGCCAGAGACAUGAGGGGCAGAAAGGUCCACUCUAUCCUGAUCACGAACCUGGCCAUCGGUGACCUACUUAUGGGUAUCUACCUGAUGAUCAUAGCAGUGGCGGACUCUUUCUACAGGGGCGUCUACGUCACACACGACGAGUGGUGGAGGGGUAGCGCCAUGUGCCAGUUGGCAGGGUUCAUAUCCACCUUUUCUUCAGAGUUAUCGGUCCUAACUCUGACGAUUAUCACCCUUGAUCGUUUGAUCUGCAUUAUCUUCCCCUUACGAAUGAUGCGACUCAGUGUAAGGGACGCAACCUGCACGAUGGUCUUUGUCUGGGUGCUUGUGUUUUUUAUCUCGGUUGUCCCCCUUAUGGAUAUCCCCUAUUUCAGCAACUUCUACAGCCGGUCAGGGGUGUGUCUGGCCCUGCACGUGACCCCCGACCACCCCCCGGGCUGGCAGUACUCGGUGGCCGUGUUCCUGGUCCUCAACUUCAUUUCCUUCAUCAUCAUCGCCUUGUCCUACACCUGGAUGUUUCUGGUUGCCAGGGAAACCAGGUCUGCAGUGAGGACCCCUGAGACCAAGAGUGACACGGCCAUGGCCAAGCGGAUGACGCUGAUUGUUAUGACGGACUUCGCCUGUUGGGUGCCCAUCAUCUUCCUGGGCUUCGUCUCCCUGGCUGGGAUCAACGCCACCAAUGACGUGUACGCCUGGAUUGCCGUCUUUAUCUUGCCGCUGAACUCUGCCGUCAACCCGGUCCUCUACACCUUGUCCACGGCACCGUUUGUCGGCAACGUGCGCAACAGAGCGUGUCGUUUCCGGAAGUCGUUCAUGUCUUCUACGUCACAGGAAACCAAGCACAGCUUUGUGGACGAUCGGACCAUCAACUCGUACACGGAGCGGAAGUCACCCAACAGGGGGGCGGAGUCUGUACGGAUGAAGAUGUUGCGCACCUCUUUACCUGGCAACUCUGCUCAAUAUUCCAACGACCUUUAACCCGGGUCAGUAGAACUGGCAAGUCGCCAUCAGCUGGCCAUCCAUGAACUCAACACAGAAUCCAAUCGAUGAAAGCCAUUCACGAGCAAGAGUGAUGUAAAUAAUGUUAAAUAAAACAAGUCAAAGACACUGGGGGAUAACUGUAGUGUGGUCUGAUAACACAAUUUUGAAUGGGAGGAGGUUGUUGAAUGGGAGGAGGUUGUUGAAUGGGAGGUUUUUGAUGGUUGAAUGGGAGGAAGUUGUUGAUGGUUGAAUGGGAGGAGGUUGUUGAUGGUUGAAUCGGAGGAGGUUGUUGAA